UCUAUCUAUCUAUCUAUCCAUCUCUUCUGAUAAUACAGCAGAAGAAAAAAUAAUACUGUUAGGUUCAGUCUCUUUUCGCCCAAUUUUGACUUCCAAUUACAUUUUUUUUCAUUGUUUGGGGCUGAGAGUUAACUCCUCCUGAUCAGUCCCUUUUCCUCACCACCCCCACCCCCUUUCCCCCGCUUUGUCAAGAACCGUAAAUAUUAUAUAUCUAUUAUUUUUCCCUCCGUUCAGAAAAAAGCUGAACUCUCUAUUUUGUUCCCAUUCAUAAUAUUUGCAGAACAAUUCUCCCAACCCUACUAAAUUUUUUUAAGUUUCCCAAUGCCAAAGCUACCCACUACCAGUCUGGUCUCUUUCCUUCUGAACUCGUCUCAGUAAGUCUAUCUUUUUUCUUAAGCAAUAGUUUUCUACCUUUUUCUGAAUUAAUUUCCCUUCUCUUUUCUCUCCCAAUGAUGCAAUUUACUGAUACACCACCACCAACCUUUCACCAAAUUAUCACCACACCCUAUUCCAAUAACCUCCCAAUAAUGAUGAACAAAAACCAAACCUACCGCACGCGCCUGUGGCCUGGCUUUCCGACCUCUAAGUCCCUAGGAACAAACUUUGGCGACGCCAACUGCAUGGAGCAGCUGCUCGUCCACUGCGCUAAAGCCAUCGAAACCAACGACGCCACCCUAGCCCAGCAGAUCCUCUGGGUCCUCAACAACAUCGCCCCCCAAGACGGCGACUCCAACCAGCGCCUCACCUGCGCGUUUCUCCGAGCCCUCAUUGCCCGCGCAGCCCGAAUCGGAAGCUGUAAGGUCCUCGCCGCCAUGGCCAACUCCCAAGCCAACUUCACCAUCCACACUCACAAGUUCUCCGUCGUUGAGCUCGCCUCCUUCAUCGACCUGACACCGUGGCACAGGUUCGGAUUCACCGCCGCAAAUGCAGCCAUUCUAGAAGCUGUUGAAGGGUAUUCUGUAGUUCACAUUGUUGACCUGAGCUUGACGCACUGCAUGCAAAUCCCAACUCUGGUCGACGCCAUUGCCAGCCGUCAGGACGGUAAUGUGAGUCCUCCAUUGCUGAAGCUCACUGUGGCGGGUACCAUGGAGGACGUCCCUCCAAUGCUGGACCUGUCAUACGAGGAACUGGGUUCCAAGUUGGUUAAUUUUGCAAGGUCAAGAAACAUCAUUUUAGAGUUUAGGGUCAUCCCGUCAAGUUACACUGAUGGGUUUGCCAACCUAAUCCAACAACUCCGCGUACAAAAUUUAGUAUAUGCGGAGAGUGGUGAGGCGCUUGUAGUGAAUUGCCACAUGAUGCUUCACUACAUUUCUGAAGAGGCAUUGACACUUCCAGCAAUCAAUCCGAAUCCAAUCAGUAGUGGUUCGACUAGCUCUUACGCUUUUGAUGUAGCUUCGUCCUCUUUGAGUUCGUCGCUAAGGACAAUGUUUCUGAAAGAGCUUCGGGGUUUGGACCCGACGAUUGUGGUUUUGGUGGACGAAGAUGUGGAUUUGACAUCGAAUAAUCCAGUGUGUAGAUUGAGGUCGGCCUUCAAUUACCUGUGGAUACCUUAUGACACCUUGGACACAUUUUUGCCGCGGGGAAGCAAGCAGAGGCAGUGGUACGAGGCGGAUGUGUGUUGGAAGAUUGAGAACGUGAUAGCGUACGAUGGCUUUCAGAGGGUGGAGAGGCUGGAGCAGAAAUGCAGGUGGGUGCAGCGAAUGCGAAAUGCCAACUUUCGAAGCGUUUCAUUUGGGGAAGAUGCGGUUUCGGAAGUGAAGGCCAUGCUUGAUGAACAUGCAGCUGGUUGGGGAUUGAAGAGAGAAGAAGAAGAUGUUGUGCUUACAUGGAAAGGACACAAUGUUGUGUUUGCCACAGCCUGGAUGCCUGCUUAAAGUUGAAAUUUCUCAAGAAAAUGAUCUGACAAUAAGUUAAUUAAUAUAGAAUCUCCUUUUUUUUUCUUUUUUUUUUCUUCUUUCUUAAUCUGUUAUUUGGUAGUAGCUAUCUGAUAAAUUAGUUAAUGAUCACAUUUUACUAAUUUUUACUAGUAGGUGUGAGCUUAAAUUUUAAUUAAUGUGAGGUUUGUGUCA